AAUUAAGGCUGAAGGCCUUAAGGCUGCGUCUGACCCCGAGUCGGUUCAGCUGAUCCUGCAGGUGUUGGGAUGUGGUUCCUCGUGGACUCGGUGUGAUUACGAUUUUCUUUUCUGUAUAUGACCCUCUCUCUCUCUCUCUCUCUCUCUCUCUCUCUCUCUCUGAUUUUAUUAGCGGCUACAAAGGUCAAAGAUAAGGCUCAUCAGUAAUUAUCGCAAAGGUUGCACCGCGCACGAAUAAGGCAUCAAACCGGCCGGACGAAACUCCGUGUUAUUAUUUCUCCUGAGCUCGUUGGAAGGGCGAGAGCAUGCUCCACUCGGCGCUGUUCGCCGCCUGCGUGUUCGCCGCGUGUCACGUCGACGGUGGGUGAUGACCGACACACGGCGCCGUGCUUUCGCUCUCCUCUCCUGCCGCGGGGCUCACUGUCCUCGACGCGCCUCUUGUCCCCCCCGGGGUUUGGAUUCAGGGCCCGACACGAAACGCGUCUCACCUUUCUUCUCUCCUGCAGGCCGCACGGUAGGCGCAGAAGAGGACGGUUCCCAGCAGGACGUUUUGGGAGCAGACUUCCCGCGGCGUCGCCUGCAUCCUCCGUUUCACUGCCCCGAUAUGAGCCCGUCUCCGGCCGUCCCCACCUCAGUCGAACGUGUCAAAGCCGCGGACGUCAAGGUCAUCGCUGCGCUGGGAGACUCUCUGACUACGGCGAUCGGUGCCAACGGCUCCACCGUUUUCUCGAUCCCCUUUGAGUUCCGCCAGGUGUCAUGGAGCAUCGGAGGCUACGGGACUUAUCAAAAUGUCAUCACACUGGCAAACAUUUUCAAACUCUUCAAUCCCAAACUGCUGGGUCCGUCCCCAGCGAUGACGCUCCACGGUCACCCCGCGACUGUCGAAGAGACCGGCUUCAACUUCGCCGUCACCGGCCACAACACGCUGAACGUCUCAGAUCAGAUAAGACACAUGAUAGACACGUUCAAGUCGUAUCCAGGUCUGAACUUCCGAGAGGACUGGAAGGUGGUGACGAUCCUGAUCGGCAUGAACGACAUCUGCGACUACUGCAAAAACAAUGCCUUGUUCUCCGCCGACAGCUUCAUCCACCACAUGACGGAGGCUCUGACCGUGAUGAUGAACGAGAUCCCCAGGACCAUCGUGAACGUGGUGCAGAUUCUUCCCAUGAAGCCUCUCAGAGAAGUUCAGAAACCGACUCUGGGCUGUCAGCUUCAAAAGAGAUUCUGCUCCUGUCUGGUUCAACCUGAAGAAGACUCCCCUGAACUGAAGGAGCUGGUUGAGCUUAACCACGAGUUCCAGAGAAGAUUAGAGAAGCUUCUGCACAGCCAGCGGUUCUUCAAAAAGGACUUUGCUGUCGUUCUGCAACCUUACUUAGAGAACGCUGGACCAGCAAGAUUUCCUGAUGGGACAGUUGAUCCGAGCUUCUUCACGGCAGAUUGUUUCCACUUCACUGUCAAGGGACAUGAGGAGCUGGCAAAGGGGCUGUGGAACAACAUGUUCCAGCCUGAAGGAGAGAAACAGAGGAUAAAGACGCUCUCAGAGCCGGUAGAACUCAUCUGCCCGCCAAAGGAGCAUCCCUACAUCUACACCAAGCCCCGAGUUCUAUCGUCUGCACCGGCACUGAAGCAUCUCUCCGCGACGCUGGCGUCUCUGCUUUCCCUCUUUGUCCUGGUUGAUUUUCUGUAAUUCGCCUGGCUUGAGCGCUCGAUUCCCACUAGAGCCGCCAAUCCUAAGGCAUAGACACUCGGGGAAGUCUAAUGGUAAACUGUAUAUUGGGUGCAAAUUGUGGAAAUAAGACAUUAGAAGACGAAAAUUAGGUAGUAUUUACAACUCUCACCACAAAUCAGUGGGCGACGGAUUUUUUUUAAAAUCAGCAUAUUCCGUGAUUAGAUGUAUUUACAAAAAUCCUCAUGUUCUGACAUUUGCUGACGAUUUUCACAAAGUGGUUUCAAUCCACGACUCCGGAGCGAGAUGGAUGUGUCAGGCCAUACACAUCUUCCCUGCUGUCAAACCAACAACUUGAAUUUUAUCCUCCAAACUUAUUUCAUUUAUAAAUUUCAGUGUUCACGGAGUAACCGAAUCUUCUCGUUACCCGGCCGCUGCUCUUAAACCAAAUCUGAAAGCGCUCUCGAAACAAAAGACAAAUGUUGAGCUCUGAGUUUGUGCCUUUAUGUCCUGCAAAUGUUGUUGUUGUUGUUGUUGUUGUUGUUGUUGUUGUGCAUAUGCGGCACUCAGCCGCGGAUCCGUCCUCGUGACAACAGCGCAGGGACAAACUUGUGAUCUGAAGAUUCUGUGGUUUGCAAAUGAUGUGGAUAAACUCCGGGUAACUCAAACUGAAAUGCAACUGUUAAAGGAGCUACAUUAACUAUUACUAUUACUAUUACGCAUUACUGACAGAUAAUCCACUAUCAUAACUCGGCUGACGCUGUCAUCGGCAAGUAAAACACAAUGAUGAGUAAGGACGGUUAAAAUAACAAAGCACUUAUCACUUUAUACAUUUCCUACAGAAUUUUGAAUUCAUUUAUAUAUUUUUUUAAUUUAUUGGUGAAUAUAAGGUUGGUUCUUUCUGUCUUGCAACAAAAUUAUAAUAAAUAUAUCAUACAUUAAGCUAAUUUUAAAUUAAAAAUAUAUAAAUUAAA